UUUCCUCUGCACUUAACCAACGUCUGCCAACACUGAAGGAAAAUAUUGAUCAUCCAGUGUUAACGUAGGGUUUUGUGCUUAAAAUCAUGGUCAAUAUAUCGGGAUACACCUAUAAAUUAGUGUUGUAUGUUUAACGUUAUCAGGUUUCUGUCAAUAAAGGGAUCUUUUCACAGACGUUCGUGACCCAUACCCUUUGUUACAAAUCGAAAGCAAGAUGAGCCUUCUUAAACGAAACAGGAAGAAACUAAUUGUAUUAGUCUUUUUGGGAUUCCUAGUUUAUUCAUUAUCGUUUUUGAUUUCAAACUCACAACUCCGAGAAUCUCGCCUACAGUUAAUGGAGCGACGAAAAAUGUUUUCAUGAUUGUGUUAGUGAUGUCCGGCGCCAAGGGAAACAAGUUCAGAAAACGUCGCGAGGCCAUCCGACAAACCUGGGGAAACCAAAGUAACUGCGAACAACGGAAAGCGUCGCAAGAUGAAAGAUUAAAAAACUUAAGAUGGCUACUCGUAUUUGUUGUUGGAAAAGCAGGAACCGGAACGAACGACGAUGAAUUGAAUAUCGCUGAAGCUCGACAACACAACGAUAUGUUGAUUGGAAAUAUCACAGACAACUACAUCAAUCUUAUUCUUAAAGUAUACAUGGGUCUGGUUUGGGCGAGCAAAUUUGAUGUAAAAUAUACAUUGAAAGCAGACGAUGAUGUUUACGUGCGCAUACCGCGCAUGUUGGAGUAUCUUGUGAACGCGAAAUUUCCAAGACCAUUUUACGGAGGCUUGAUCUACCCUCGUAGCAAAGUGCAUCGCAAAAUUGGAGUAAAAUGGACAAUAAGUUAUAAAUAUUAUAGUGAAACAUAUUUUCCAGACUUCAAUCGUGGCCCAUUCUACAUUUUAUCCAGCGACCUUUUCGAGAAAUUGUUCAGUUAUGUUUACGUUAGAAAACCCUUCCACCUUGAGGAUGUAUAUGUCGCUUUAGCGAUGCAUGAUUCUAACAUCAAGACAACUAACAUUGAUUCGUUCCAAUUGUCAUCGGAAAUGCCUAGCUACGUGCUGCAGGGAAAUAUACAAAACUGUGAAAUGCUAAGUUGGAUUGGAUUCGGUCAUUUCAUGGAUCCAAAGGCGAUUAAAAAACUUCAUCUGCUCUUACAGUCGCAUGUUUGUAAGAAGAUUACAUUGGAUAUUGACUAUCAUCGUUGCAACAAGAUCGCUGUCGCUUUCCACUGGAUCAGGUCUUUAAUGUUAGGAAAGAUUAUGCUCUAACCGAAUUGAUUUUAACUUUUAACUUUUACAUUAACUUUUAAACAGGGGUCGGUUGUUCGAAAGGCGUUUAGCUUAAA